CUUCCACCAUCAUCCACCAUCCCUCUCGAACCAACAGAAGACGCAUCAACGAGGAAACAACUGCUGCACAUCUAGAGCACACAAUGCCGGAAGCAAGCACAGCAGCAGCAAUGGACCAGGAGGCUAUCGUUCUCCGCAAGGAAACGAGCGAACGCGACCGCAUCCUGGACAAUUGGGCUGACGCGGAAGCUCUCCAGCUAACGGACGAAGAGGCCAAUCUGAACGAAUACCAGCGCAAGAAUCUCAAGCUGCUCUUUGGAGAGACAGGUUUUAACCCCCCGGUGCCAGCCAGGAAUCCCAUCAGUGUAACCAUGCACAACCCAAGGUUCAGCGCGGCACUCUGGGCAGUCAAUACGGAAGCGUAUCGCCGGAAAGGGCUGCUCUCCCGAAGCCAAAAGGAAGUGAUCGCCCUCGGCGUUUCUCUCUCCAACGGAUGCCCCCACUGCGCGUACAUCCACACGGCCAUGGGUCCCGCGGCCGGUGACGACGUGGACUUCGACAGUCUGCGGCUCUUCUACCAGACUCAAGACGCCGACGCCGCGUUCCCCGUGGGGGAGGGUCAAGACCCGAUGAGCAACAACACGCUGGCAUCUUGGUCGAUCAGGCACCGGGAUGGGAAGGAACAGGCUGCUCCCUGCACCCCGGAGCAAUUGCCGGAGGUUGUGGGGACGGCCAUGCUGUUCGACAUCCUCAACCGCGUCGUGGACACGUUUGUCUCGAAGACGGAGGCUGGGCCGAUGUUCCCGCUGCCAAUGCGCAUGAUGAUGAAGGUCCAGCCGGCAACCCCGCUGCUGCAGCGGGCAAUGAGCUGGAUGAUGUCCUGGAUGAUGCACGGGGAGGACGUCAAGGUCGAGGCCGGAAAGGUCUUGAAGGAAAUCAACGAGGUGCACCCAAUCAUCAAAGGUUUCCGAGGCUGCGCCGACGAGACGCCGAUGGCGCUUCCCGAGCAGCUCUCAUGGGCCACCGGCGGAGACGAAACCAUCGCCGCCGCCUUCGCCUUCCUCGCGGCCGAGGCAGAGCUGCUGGCACACGCCUUCGUGCCUCCCGCCGUCAAGUCGUUCACGGAGUCCUGGGUUUCUUCUUGGGACGGAGGCGCUGCUCAGAUCGGGGAGCUGGAGGAAUGGCUGGGUCCUACGGUGAGAGUUACCGCGAGUGGCCUCGGCGAGGGGGACAAAGGGGACGUGGUGAUGCUGAGGUUGAUGUUGGUCACUAUUGUGGCCAGCCAUCGAACGGAUGACACCCUGCUCAGCGAGUGCCAGGCCAUUCACGGGUUUCGUGGCACCCACGCAGCGGUCCUUUGGUCUGCGUUCCUCGCCGGGCAGCGGUCGUGCCAGCUGGCGAUCGCCUCCUGACUAGCUGUGGAGUGAGUCAUGCUGACGCGAUGACCUCUCAUGAACGCAUGACCGAAGAUCAAGCCAAAAGAGAGAAGCGGAAGAGUGAAUACAAUGAGCAAAAAGUGAAAAUGAGUUCGGCCAACGAAUGAAUAAGAGUGAGACAAGAAAGCGCAGCGAGUGAAAUAUGGGAGUGAAUCGUAUGCGGCGCAUGAGUAAAACGAAAGCGUUCCAUGUGAAGAAAUUUUAUGCGCGGCUCGCGGUACACGUAGAUGUCGACAGGGACUUUUGGCACCCGCGUGGAUUUCACCGAAGUUUCUAUUGUUGACACUUGGUAAGCACAGCCGUUUCUUAAGGAGUCGACAUGCCGUUAUUGGCUGCGCGGGUGUGAUUUCAGCAAUCCCCCAGACGUUUGAAUCCGCGUGAUCCUGCAGAAUCCACGCCUUUAAUUGUAUAUGUAUGGAGGUGUACAUACUGUAGAUCCUCCCCGACGCUUCCCGUCGGUAUUGAUAUGUGAAGCCCUUCCUUUUUUAGCUCGUCUACAGGUUUCGCGUACAUGUAUCGAGACCCCAGUAGAUCCCCCGUAGCGUUGUUGAGGGCGAGAAGUGCCGGGGCGGUUGCCCUAUUGUUUCUUCGUGGACUAGGGAAUUGGAACAUGUUCCACCGAUCCUCGUUGCGAAGAGAUGCUACUUUGCACCGCGAGCAGCGAGGAAUGAAAGAAUAUGUUAUUGCUGCGUCCUUGAGGAGUAUCCCAUUACCCUCUCUUUGACGUUCAAUGUUGCGGUGAUUCCUGGAUGACACGUUCCGAGCUGGUGCUGUGCGUCACUUUUUGGAACGGACCAAAAUGGUGCCAAGGAGCCGACUUUGAAUUGCAGGUGCAAACGCGGGCAAGGAUAUGCAAGGUGUUGCAGGUGGGUAUUAUUGAUCGAAUGAUGAUCGACACCGGAAUCCAGAAAUAGUUGGCAACAGGGGCAAAUAUAUGUUCUCCGUCUGCUCGCUGGGCGAUCAACUUCAUGGGCCGGUGUUUAGUGCAU